AUGAGCGAACAGCUCCUCAUCCUGUCGAACAAGCACGACGUGUUGGUGAAGGAAUCGAAGCUGCAGGAAGAGGAGCUGAAGCAUUUAAAAAAUAAAAAGAAAUACAGAAAUGAUAAAACGAAUGAGUUUAUAAUUACCCUAAAAAAACAAAAUGAAGAUUUUAAAAAGGAUAAUGAAACGCUAACGGACAAAUAUUCAGACCUGCUAACGGAAAAUAGUGGCCUUAAAUGCACCUGCAAAUUGCUACAGGAACAACUGCAGGAGAGUCAAAAGAAUUUGGAACUCGUCAAGAUGCAGAAUACAAAGGAGUUCGACGAGAAAAGCGCCCUUCAAAUUUUGAACCUCGGAACGGGGCUGCUGCAAAAGAGGAGCUUCACCAAGGAUGGAAGCGAUGCCAAUCCGCUCAAACUAGAAAUAGAGUACAAAGAUAUGAUCAUAAAGAAAUUGCUGAGGAAGAGCCUGACGGAGGAGAUGAUGAAGGGAAAGGACCAACACAGUAGCAGCUGCAACGGGAGGGACAGCACAAUGGGAGAGGAUUCCCAUCAGAAGGGGGAGGACUCCCCCAACGGGGAACACUCCCCGAACGAUAACACAGUUAAUCACAACGGGGAGCAACUAAUUACAUUCGAGAAAAAACUGGAGGAGCUGUACCAGAAGUGCGUGCACGCGCAGAGCGACAAUGAUCAAUUAAAGCUUCUCCCCCCCCUGCAGAACAAAAUUAAAAAGCUGACUGAUCAUAUAGACGACCUGAAGAAGGAAAACGCAGAUUUGCUGGGAAUAAUUGACACCCUGAGGGAGUACAUCAACAAGGCCCACCGCGAAGACGUGAAUGUUCACCAAUUUGACGACUUGAUAAACAACCUCCUUAAGGAGAACUCAACCCUCAAUGAUGAACUGUCCAAGCAGAAAAGGAAGAACAUGGCGGACACCUACUUCUUCAAUAAGGAACUGCAAAUGAUACAAAGCGACAAAUUUAAAAUUAUAGAAAAAUUUGACGAGGCCAAAGUGAAUAAUUUCCCCCACCUGUACGAACCGCUCAACGUGACUCUUAACGAAGCUCCACAUGAGUACCAUGAGGAGGUCGCGCUCAAACGGGAAGCAGGACCACCUCACGGGGAGAUUGCUAACCCUAACAAGGACGGGGGUGAGAGGAAAAAUGGAAAAAACUCCCACCUGGUUAAGUCCAGCAAGCCGGUAAUCACAGACGAGUUGGUCCACACGUACAUGAAGGAUUACAUGAUGAAUGUUCAGAACAGGUCAUGAUGGCAGGGGUGUCUGCAGUUAUAGUGUUUGUAGGGGGGGGGGUCACCUGACAGAGCGGUUAAGCGGAGAAGCAGUGGGACACCAUGAGUUCUCUCCCCUCCCCCCCGGUUAUAAUGCACCACUGUGAGAUAUACACCCACACGUGUGUUAGCAGUUACAAAAAGGAGGAUGCACUGUGCAGGUUAUUUUUUGGUUCCUUUUUUGUUCCUUAUUUUCCCUUUUUUUUGCUCCCCUUUUUGGUGCGUUUCGGAGGUCGCCCAGCCCGAUUUACUUCCCCAAAUCGGCGAAAGGUAUUAAAAAAAAAAAAAAAAACGAUCGAGGUGCUCCAACCUUCUUGGGCUAUUUCCCCAGCUCAGUCGUCCAACCGUGUUAGGCGCGAAAGGGACCCCAUUCUUUUUUUGUUUUUUUGUCUUACGCUGCGCUAUUGCUUCAUCGCGUUAGCGGCACUGCUUGGUACGCUUAUGAUUGGGUUAACGUUCACGAGUGUGUUAAUGUUAAUGAGCGUGCCCAUGCGUGUGCGUACUUUUUGUGGCGCUCACCUCUGCGCGCGCUGUGCUCACUGUGCUCGCUUUUUUUAUUUUUUUUCCCCACCGCGCCAACAAUUCUUAAGAAGAUAUAAAAACCGCG